AUGGAGUUUGAGGAUUGCGGAGAGCCAUAUUCCAAUAGAUUUGAUCUGAAAUCUGCCUUUCUUGGGGAACUACCUGGGGAUGAGCCACUUCUGAAGGAGCUGGGAAUAGAUUUCAACACAAUAAGAAAAGAAAGCCGCUUAGUCUUUGGGGUCUUUCAAAAAAAACAAGUUGACUUCUCGUUUGUUAAGAAUGCAGAUCUUUCAGGUCCGGUUGUCUUUGUAGGAUUAUAUACUCUUGGGCUCAUCCUAAACUAUAAGAUCCAUUUUGGAUACAUAUAUUUCAUUUCUCUGCUGACGGCCUUGUCGAUGUACUUCCUGCUAAAUGUCCUGGACACAAAGCACAUAGGAUUUCUUGAGUGCUGCAGUAUCCUUGGAUACUCGUUUCCCCCUGUGGUUUUCUUCUCGUUCCUGAACAUCCUGUUGGGAGGAAUUGGAAUAGGGUUCAAGGUGUUCUACGGCCUUGCAUUUGCUCUUUGGUCGAGUUACACAGCAUCGGUAGUGUUCUGCAGAUAUCUUUCCCUUACCAACAAGCAUGUGGUUGUUGGAUAUCCUCUGUUGCUAGGAUAUACAGGGUUUGUAAUGGUUGUUCUAUUCUGA